ACUUUAUACCGCGGUGAUAAGAAUGUUUAAAUAAAAAUAAUUUAAAAAGAGAAAGGAAUAGGAGUUGCAAGACAACUGCAAAAUUAAGAUGUGGCAAUAAGGAAGAGAGAAAUAGGUAUUGGGAAACAGAAAAAAAGAGAUGCAGAAUAUAUAAAGAGAACAAAGAAACAAUACAACACCUGCUGAGAGAAUGAUAAGAUAAGGAAGUAAGAUAGAAAAUAGACUUAGGGAAAGGCUAGAUGAGAGAGGAGAUGAAAGAGUUAGGAAGUGGAUAGAAAAGAUGAAAAAACUAAAGAAGAAAAGUGGAGGAAAUAGAAAUAAAUGAGAGGUAGAAAUUUUGAAAUAAAAACGAGCAAGUGGGAGUGUGACGAAAGUAGAAUGUAAAUAUGGAAAAAGAAGAUAAGAGAAGAAAUUGUAAACUAAAUUGAAGUUCUGCGCCACCGGCCAAACUAUGAUGACAAUAAAUAAAAUAAAAUAAAAUAUAAUGAGUAUAAUUAAAAUCUGCAAUAAUCUUUUUAUCAGAAUUUGCUUGAUAAAUCGUUUGAUAUAUAUAUUAAAAACUGACUAAUGCUGACUGAAUGUAAGUCCGUGCAUUUCUAAAUACAGAAUGCAUAUUUAUCGUGUGGGUAGGCGUGAGUGGAAUUGACCUGGAAAGUUACACAAGAAAAGAUAUAAUAUACAGAGAAAUUACUUCAGAAGAAUUAAAAAUGUUGAAAAUUAGCGAUGAAACGAUUUUAAUGAAACCACAGCUAGAGGAAGAAUCAAUGGAAGAAAUACAAAUAAUUAAGGAAGCCAAAAAAACAGAAAAAAAUAAAUGGGACGAGAAAACGGAUAAAAACAUUGCAGGUCUUUUACACAAAAAAGAUUUGAGGAAAAAUCUCAGUAAGACAUUGAUUAAUUCUGAUUUUACGGAUGAACAUAUUAGACUUUUGAAGGCUUUAAAUUUAAGUGAUGAAGAUAUCGACAAUUUGCGAGAUUUACGGCGAAUAAAAAUUGAAGUUAGCGAAAGCAGCGGUUCUAUUAAUUCCGCUACAUCCAACAAUUCGUCGCUGAAUGAGCGGAUGCACUUGUUACCAAACAGAGUCUAUCUAAGAAAAGUUCUGAGCAAGCCAUUAAUUCAAGCUCUUCGUGAAAUUGUAAUGAAGAAACCAUCUGAUCCUGUGGAGUAUCUGGGCCACUGGUUGCUUCAUUUCAAAAUUUAUAAGAAUUAAAGUUGACAACAAAAAAACUCGAGUUUGAGUUUAAUUAACAAGAAAUCGAAAGUGAAGGUAGAAAUAAUGAUCUACAUGUUUUAUCGAUUUUCCUGAGUCACAA